AUGGAAAUCAUACCAUCAGACCGGUUUUGCAGAGAAUGCAACAACCUGCUCUAUCCAAAAGAAGACUCUCAGGAAAACACACUUCUGAUGGCAUGCAAAAACUGCGAGCACAUCCAGGAAACAAAAUCGCACUGUCUUUAUUCAAAAAGCUUCAGGACUAAGCACAAAGCAAUGGAAGUUUAUGCAAAGGAUCUGCUGCAAGAUCCAACACUCCCACAGGUCAAGAUCGAUUGUGCAAAGUGUGGCUUCAACAAGGGAAUCUACUUCCAAUCAAGAGACGAUGAAGACGACGUUGCAUUAAGUAUUUUUUAUCUCUGCUGCAAGUGCAAUCAUUUGUGGACAUGA